GAUCUUGAAUUGGAGCGUGAGGGAGCAGCUCCAGGAUCCACCUCACAGCCAGUUAGGCGAAACAUUUCUUUAAAACUGAAAGCAAAGAGCAAGUCAGCAAGCUCAUUGUCAUCUGGGAAAAGCAAGAAAAAGGAAGGAAAAAGUGGAGAAAAGUCUAGGACAGGAUCUGAAGGUAAAGAAGCCAAUAAUUUUCUUUCAAUGCUGUACAAUGCAUGUCCGGUUUUAAGCCUUGCUGUCAUGUUGUUUCCUUAGACAAGGAACGUUAGUCCACUUUGUCUCCUCACCCAGGUGCACAAAUGUGUACCUGAGGCAUGCUGUGUGAAGGUUGUUGAGAGACACACACUCUUGAGCAUCUCUGUCAAUAAGAGCCUGAUACAGUGGAUUCCCUUUGGCUACUAUGAGCAUGACCCCUGGCUACUUUCAUAAGAAAAUGGAAUAUAGAAUAUAGAACCAAUACAGUGCUUGAAAAAUCUUGAAGUCCAGCUUGUCCUUGGAGCAAGCGGCUCUCACAUUUUGCUUGCUUAUGGCCACCUUUUGCUUUUCUCGGUUAAUGAUUCUAUUAGAGGAUUAGAGGAUCAGUUGUCUUUACCCUUAUUGAGUAAUUAGAUCCACCUCUUGCUUGUCUUAGUUAAUGAUUUUAUUAAAGGAUCAGUUGUCUUGACCCUCAUUGGGCAAGUGAGUCUUAAAAGUUACUUGUCCGGCAAGAAAAUCCACCUGACCAGGACUACUGGAUGGGACUUGUUUUGAGCCCUGCAACAGAAAUUUGUUGCUGUUCAUUUCCCUGCCUACAUAUUGUACAUUUAAACAUGUACAGUAUAACCAGCAACUUGAAAUCUGAGCAACAGCCCUGCUUGAGGAAAUGAGCAACAUUGACAAGUUUUUCUGUGAAUGCUUGUUUAUUCAAAAGAGACAAUCAGUAUUACAGUGGAACCUUGAUAUAAUGAACCUCUGUAUAACAAAGUCCUCGGUAUAACAAACGAUUUUCUUUACCCCAGUCGUAGAAAGAUAUGAGAAAAAACCUCGUUGAUAUGGCAAACACAUUUUGCCAGUCGCCUGGCCCUUCGUUAAAUUGAGGUUCCACUGUCCAGAUGUUUCUUGAACCUUCUGGAAAAACUUAACUGGAAAAACAGGUUUUUCAAGAAUGGUCUUUUUGUUGUUACAUCUUAACUGUUUUCACCCUUUUGUCACUAACUGAUCUGUCAGAGAGUUCUCUUGUAUUUUGGCUCAUAAAUAAAUUUCAAGUUGUUUUUGAAAACUUCCGAAGCUCUAGUAAAUUUAUUAAGUUGAAUGUUAACAAGGGUGUCCUGUGAUGAGCAAGCAUCCCAUCCAGAGAGGUUAGCCAUAUUCCUGUGGUGUAAAUGCUUCAUGCUACAGAUAUUAGGUUAAGCUCUGGCUGUUUGGGCUUCAAGAUGUAGGUCUGCCUCUACCUGCUUUUGCAUGGAGUUACAUUGCUCUUUUGGAUGUUAAUUCUUGCCUUCGGUUGUACUAUAAAUUAACUUUGUACUGUAAGUGACAAAAUUCUAUCCUUUCAGUAAUACUUCUUAUAUUUUUUAAAAGAAUUUGUUGUUCAUGUGUACCAGCUGCUAUACAACUAUGAUUUUUUGUAAUGAAAUAGAAAAACAGUUGUUUGUUUGUUUACACAAAUCCUGAUCAAAUUUAAUUAUUUAGUUUUGCCUGGAUUUGUGUAAAAGUUAUUCAGGUAGAGGCCAUAGAGUACAGUUAGGUCGUAAUGACAUGUUGUGCAGUUCUCAGACCAUAGGAUUCAAGUAAAACCGAGUAAACUACACAUGCAAACAUUUUGCUAGAUUGUUAAAGGUCCUCUUAGUUGUUAGAAGUCCUGGAUAGUUAUUUUAUUCUUUGUUUGUCAUAUCUAUUAGGUGACAAGGAAAGUAAAAGGAAACAGAAAUCCCCUGGAACAGCUGCCGCAGCUCAAGUGGUUGUCAUGAGAGAACUCAAGUGGGAUCAUCAAGUAUGUACUAUUAAUUUUAUAAUUUAUGCUCAUUUAGCCCCAGUCACUCAGCCCCUAUUAUUUUUGUAAGUCGUUUACCAUAAACAGCCUAAUAAUCUCUACUUCCAAAUAAAGGCCCCCUCAACAUUGUUAAAAUUUUAUUAGACGCUCCUCUCUAAUAAAGGCCCCUGUCUAAUAAAUAGACGGUUCCCCAUGAGAAUUACUCCAAAAUACUAGGAAUUAGCAAAAAGGUGCAAAAUCAUUCAAUUCAUUCAGUUUCUUGCUUGAUUAGCAAGGGUAAAUGCGUAUUUCAUCUUGCUCAAUGUCAAGUUAAAAAUGAGGAUAGACUAACGAUGGCAACGCAAAAACAAUGAACAUGGAUUCUAACAUCGAUGUUGGGAUUUGAAAAAGAACGAUAUGGAUCUCUAGACGGCCUAGAUGUAUCAAUAUUGAUGAAGUGGAUAUUCUACCAUUUUUAAACUCUCUUGAUAUUUUUGCCGAAACACGGCUCAAAAUUGCGACUGAUAAGGUUGCCAAUGCGACUAACAUUUUCUCCUUGGCGACUAAAAAUUCUAGUUUAGUCGCCAAAGUGGCGACCAGAUUUCUCUAUGACUUAGAUUUAACCCAUUCUCUCCUGGAGAUUUUGCCGAAAAACGCGUUUUGAAGCUAGUCGAGUGGUUUUCUGGUCACUGUCGUGCUAUAAAGAGCUAAAACUUACCACAAACCGGUUUACAGGUCGUACACUUCGCGGCCUUCUGAUCCAGAUGCAAAAUAUCAGCUUGCGAAGUUCGGGCUUGUGCGCAGAAAGCAAAAUUAUUACUUUUCACUUUCUCUCCUCCCUUUUUUUUCGCUUUUCUUGCCUCAUUUUUUUUUUUUUUCUCUUGCUGGGCAUUUAGUAGGCUUCAUUUUGGUGGGAAGAGUUUUUAAGAAAGCUUUUAGGAUCUUAGGAUUAGAUGAAAGGAAAGGUAGGUGGGCAAUGGAAGAAGAUUUUCAUGGAGAUUUCAGGUCAAGGUCACGUGGUUUUUUGCUUCUUUCUCCGGAGUCCUUGACUGAAUUGUGCUCAUUCUGGUAUGGUUUGAAAGAUCUCUUCACUCUGCACAAGUCAGCGAAGAAAGUUGUCCUUGACCAUUAAAACUGAUGACGUCACAAAGGGUAGAAGGACCUGGAUCCGCACGGGCGGUUACGGGCGGUUCAGGGGCGAAUGGGUUAAAUUAAAUUAGUAAAAUUAAAACAAACAUUUCAUCUUAUCCUGGUUUGCUUUCAUCGUAAAAAAUGUGCCAAAUCGCAUAAACAAAGCCAGUUUACCUCCAAAUUUAUACCGACUUCUAUCCACGAUAUUUUCAAAUGUGAUGGAUUGCACCAUACUAUGCAGGGCUUCUGAUAGGUCGUGGAAAAAGUCAAAUUUUACGGGAUUUUUAGGGGAAAUUCGCAGAAAAAUUGACUGAUUUCAUGGGAAUUUGUGGAACAAACUUAGCCAAAAAUCAAUCAGUAAAAAAAGGCCGAUUUUGUGGUUAUUUUCAGGGAAAACUUUGUUAGAGAUUGAUCAGUUUUGCGCUGACCAUAGACCAGUGUUUUUAAUGUUUUUCUAACAGAGAUCAUUAAAUUUUGCUCAUUCAACAACUAUACGCUCCAGAACUGAAACAAUGGCAAAGCCUUUAACAUCAUGGCUAGUGCCCAGUUUUUUGCAACAUAAUCUACCCCUAGUAGUUUCAGGACGUUGUUUGCACAUUUUAGUGACAAAGUUUCAAGAUAAAUUUACAAGUUUACGGCAAGCAAAUAGCCCCAAUAGCUGAGAAAUGUUUCAAAUAUUACAUAUGUUGUACAAACAAUGAUAAGAUUUCUACCAAAGUUUGCAGUGUUUUGCGUGGUUUUGUGAAUUUCGCCGCUCUGCGACCGCGCAAAAUAUCAGAAGCCCUGACUAUGAGCUGCGUCAUUUACGUGAUACAAACUGUCCACUAAAUAUUUGCAUCUGGUGACUAUAUUUCUCCAGUUGGUCGCCAAAAGGCAACCUUGCAAAAUUUCGAGCCCUGCAAAAGCAUGUUAGUUUUGUUGAGCUUGUUACAGUUAUGAGAAUAAACACCUCUCUCUUUUAAAUGCCUCCUAACUAUUAAACGCCCCCACUUGGACCCCUAGAAUUAACUAGAUGCCUUGGACAUAUAUUAGUUCCUUUAUGGUAGCCCCCAAAAUUAAGUCAUUAAUUUUUGGCAGGCCCAUACAUCUACAGUCAACUCCCUUUAUAGCGGACUCUGUAGGGACCUUAAGUUAGUGUCCUCUGUGGCGAGAGUCCGUAAUAGCGGGAGUUUAUUUCAAUCAAAUAUCUGUAAUUUAUUUUUGCCCGGAAUUUAUCUGCUGUCCGUAUUAUCGGGGUGUCCGUUAUAGCGGGGUGUCCGCAAGGCGAGAGUUGACUGUACCUGUACAUGUAGAUGAGAUAACUUAGGCUCUUACGUUUCUGUUAUCAUAUCAGUUUGUUACAAAAACAAGACAUAUAGGUUUCAAAAUAGUUUAGCUUGUCCUCCUGUCUUCCUCACAGAUUUUGCCGAUUGGGCAAAAAGAUCCACUUCUCCGCCUUUGUGAAAAGUGCUCUUUCCCUAUCCUUGUUUAUGGCCGACUGGUAUGUAUAACAAGUAUUUACUUAUGUUCUCCUUUAUCAGUAUGCAAAGAAAGUCGUGUCCGAUGGCCCGGGACUAGAGGAUUUCGGUUAUCUGGCUAGUGAAUUCUGUUCUUUAUUUACCCUAUUGGCAAAUGAAUUUCUUUUAGGAAAUUCGCAUUACAGAAGAACUGUAAUCAAUCCUGCUCAUUACUCUUGGGCUGGUACAAUGUACAUGCUAGUUGCAGCUUGCACGAAUGGGAAGCUGUAAAACUGACUUUCUUUGCACCCUGUUUACUCCUCGAGCUAGUUAAUGACAUAAUGUCAUGAUGUAUGAAUACCCUGAAGCUCUUGCUUUUGAGUCUGGAUGAAAGUCUUGCUGUUACCAUUAAAUGGAAAAUUCUCUUUGGUGGUUCCAACCUCUGCAAGAUUAUUAUUAUUUUUGUGGAAUAAUUUUUCUGGAGUUUUAAGUUUUUCAUUUUUAUAACUCGAGUGUUAUGCCACUGGUGUACAUUGUAUCUCCCAUGGUAUGUUGUGAUCAGUAUUUUAUGUAAAGAGCCUGCUGUACUUGAUUUGCUGUCAGCAACAAAAUUGUUGUAGAAUUUAGUGGUAUCCAGAUCAUCGAUUAUAGUGGAUUAUUGAUAAAAGAAACCUCCAGUAAAUGGAUAUUGAUUGUGGAAAAUGUUCACAUGAACAUUCCCCCAAAAUAAAAAAUAUAUUAUAUAAAUUAUAGUUUACAAAUCAGGUCUUUUAGUUAAAACUUAUCUUUUUAAGAAGGCUUUUAAUUUAUGAUCAUCCUAGGAACAUAUUUCCUACAUUUUCUUUUUAUUGGCUUUUAUUUGGUUUUAUUCAUAUUAUCUGUUUUUAUUCAUUUUAACAAUAAUUUAUUGUAAAUUUUAACGCAUAGCUCAAUUUUAUUUUAAAAUUUUUAUACAAUGCACUGUUAUUAGUUCAUUUUUUAAUUUUUUUAAAGGUAAUAAUUGUUGUUGUAAAGUGCCAUUGGACAGCAAUGGAAAUGGUGCUAUAGAAGUAGAUGUUAUUAUUAUUAUUAUUAUUAUUAGAAUAUUAAAACUUGGGUGUUGUAUUUUUAAUGUCUCAUACAGUGAUGCAGCUUUAAUUCUGAAACCUUCCAUACAUGUAUGCUUUUUUUUCGUCAUGUUCUAAAAUGUGUGACGUGACAAAAACGGUUGCUUGAGAGACUAUAGCUUACAAUAAAUAAUGCGAAUAAUAUCUAAAAUCGCAGUAUUUCCAAAAAUUGCCCUUCAUCAGGGUCUUUUACUUUAGGUGUGGGGAAAGUGUUCAGAGGAUUGAGUGAGCAGCGCUGGGCAGUGUGUAUGUAUACCCCCUUGUAUAGAAAUUCCAAGUAAUCAAAAAUGAUGAUUUUUCCCUGUCUUGUUCUGCAAUGUCUUUUAGGUCUCAUCAUGUUUGGAGGGGAGUUUUUGACAAGCUUUUUCCCAGAAGCUGGGGUUCAAGAACGUAUGAAAGAACAUGUCAUGGGAAAGAUCCACUAUGGAAAAUCAAGUAUGAACAACAUUUUAUCUAUUUAA